UGGAUGCUUGCUUCUAAUUUUCUUCUUUUUUUUUUUCUUACUAUCACAAUACAUUUCAUCAUAUGAUAUAUCCCAUACUGUACACAACCCACCCCCAAUGUCCCGCCAGCCCCCACCCCACGGACCAGACCAAAUCCGCCAGAAAAUCAAAUCCCUGAGAUCAUCACCGUCGCGAAAAGGGCUCGUGUGUCUUUGCAAUGAUGGUGUUCUGCGGAGUUUUAGUUCCACGGGUAUGGUGGUGGACUAUGCGCGAUUAAGUCCGGAGGAGAUACAGGAUGCGGGUUCGUUGUUCGGGACGGAUCCGCAAUUACGACGGGAGAUGAGAAGGGCGUUUAAGGGCGUUGAUGGGUAUGAUGUGCCUAGUGAGAAAUUGGAGUUUCCGGAUAAGGAGAUGGUUCCGAGGCGACUGAGGGAGGGGGAGGAGGGGAGGAAGAGGGGGGUUGGGAGUGGGAGUGGGAGGGGGAAGUUGAGGUUGAAGUGA